AUGGCGGUACACCGAGGCGAUAUCGGGGUAAUUAAAAAGGCGCUCACAGAUUACGAGCUCAAAGCCCAGGAGAUGAACGUGGGUGUGAAUUACAUGGCCCUGGAUGAUGAACGUCGUCGACAGGAGCAUCUGUUGCGGGAAUUGCGGGAAAUCGAGGAGGAGAUAGCCUCACUUAGCCUUAGCAGCACCGAACUACCCCACCUGGCCUCCAUAGUAGGGACGGAACUGAGUCAUAACACCAAGUGUCUGCAAUACCUGACGGGAAUCUCGGAACUUGAGAGAAGCAUCGGUGAGGUGGCCACUCACUUCGCGGAGAGGUCUGUUAAACUGAGUGACCCAAAUUCCCUUCACAAGAGCGUUGUGACCUACAAAACUCUCACCGACAAUGUAAAAAGCUGUUGGACGUAUGUGGAUCAGCUCGCUACGCUUGCACAAAUCCACCUCAAGACCUCCGCCGAGUACCAUCAGUUUUAUCACGAAGCUAACGAAAUUGAAGCCAAGCUGGAGAAGCAGCUCGUGAUUGCCCAAAAAGCACACCAUUCUGCGACGAUGCGCCGAUCUCACAAAGAAACCACCAAAGUGGCAAAUGAGAUCAGGGAGCAACUGAACAUAAUGCAAAGCUUGUGGCAACGGAGCAAGAACUUGGUGAAGCGGAGCGAGACAAUAGUUCCCAUUCGCAUGCGCCUGGGUGGUGUUGCCAAAGGCGUGGCAAUAGGAGACCCCAACAACCGUGCGGUGAUGGUUCAAGCGAUGGUGAGCCUCACCGGUCCUGACUACAAAAUCCAGAAGGGGGAACAUCUGCAACUCAUUGACAACCGACAGGACUCGCACCUGUGGCGUGUGCAGACGUCCUCAGGCAUCGUCGAGGUGCCAUCCAUUUGCUUCUGGCUGACAGACGCCGAUGCCAAGGCCACUGAACGGGCAAUCAGCAUAAAGCAAUUGUGCAAGAAGACCUGGCUGGAGAUCAUCAACCUGAUAUCUCUACGUCUCUACGAAGUAUACGUCGAUUUGCUACAGCAGUUCAAUUCUCAAGAGGUGGUUUGCUCUCACGAAGGAGCGCUGAACAUGCUUCUCGCCGACCUGCAAAGACAGCUCAUUUCAACAGUUGGCCAGGAUGGACGUCUGCAAUCGGAGGUGGACACCUUCCGCAAAGGCGUGAUUAUCACGAAACGACUAGAAAGACUUCAGUCAGGUGACAUAAAUCUGCGAGAGCCAGACAUUGUGCAGAUCAGGUCUCCGCUACUGCGUUUGCAGGACCACCUUGUGGCUGCAGAGCAGAUGCAGCAGGAGAUGAAACUCCUCAACGACCACAUCGCAGAUUAUCUCUCUGAAGUGGACAAUGAGAGGUGGCAGAUAUCUCGCACCCUGGACCACCUAAAGUGA